AUGUCGUCGCCAACCCCACAUGGAGAGUCAUCUCAGCCGAACGCUACGUCGACGUCAUCCCUUGAGUCUUUGGCUACCAGGCUCGAUGCGUCCGUCUCCCCCACCUCAUUCCUCAAUGACCUCUUUGCGCCCCUCCUGCCUCCCCCGCUCCCCUCAUCCCAGCGACCCGCCCCGCCAGCUCUUCCUCCUGUCGACCAGUCGCUGCAAGACCUCCUGACAAGACUGUCUAUGCUCAGCCAGGAUACGGCGGGAGAAAUCGAGACUGUCAUGGGCGAUGUGGGCAGGACUGUGCCGAGGCUGGGCUACGACCUCCAGUUCAUGCGGGAAAGCGCUAGUGGCCUCGCUGUUGGCCUUGGUAUGGUGCAAGAGCGUGUAGCAAGGCAAGCGGACUGGGAGCCUGUGGAGAAGAAGGGCAAGAAGGAGGACGAAAGCGAGGCGGUCAAGACGUAUCGCGCCCUCGAGAAAUUGACACACCUCGACAAGCUCAAGGGUCGGCUCGAAUCCGCCCGAGAUACCCUCCGAGAGGCUGAAUCUUGGUCGACUCUUGAGUCUGAAAUCACCACCCUCAUUGGCGAGAAGGAGUAUGCCAAGGCGGGUCAGAGGCUGGCAGAGGCCAAUCGGUCGAUGGUCGUCUUUAAGAAUGUGCCGGCCGAGUGGGAGGAACGCAAACGGCUGUUGGUAUCCCUUGGAGAUGAGCUUGAGCGUGCUGCUGGGGAAGCUCUCCGCGAGGCUCUACGGAAGGGCGAUGAAGGGCUCGAGCAAGUACGGGGCUUCUGGGAGGUGUUUGAGGACAUGGACAGAGACGACGAGUUCAGGAAGUGGUACUUUAACGAGAAGGGUCGUGGAGUGUUGGAUUUGUGGAAAGGUGCUGUCCUCGAAGAAGGCGCUGUCGAAGCCUCUCGAUUCACCACCUUCCUGCCCCAAUUCUACUCCCUCCUGCUACAAACCCUCACCUCCGAACUAUCCUCCAUUCCCCUCGUCUUUCCUCUCGACCAAGCGCCCUCCACCCUCACCGCCUUUUUCCAAUCCACCCUCGACGCCUUGCAUCCACCUUUCUCGAAUAGGCUCUCGUCUGUGGCCGACCAUCAUGGCGAUGCGGCUCUGGGAGAGCUGGUCAAAAGCUGGGAGGCGACCGUGGAGCUCGGAAAGGGAGUACAAGGGCUGGUGGACAAGAUCGUUUUCAAUACCCAAGGCGGGCUUCUCAGCGGAGGUCUUGAAACAGACUCGCCCAGUCCGCUGGCUACCACGUCGCCCAAUGCGCUUGUCUCUCCCAAUAAUCAUCGACGUUCACCUUCACACGCUAUCGGCAUGACGCGUACCAACUCUCAUACGAAACGACAUCACUCCAUCUCUCGCCGGUUCUCCCGUGCGCCGACUGCUUCGUUCGACACUUCCUCCCCGGGGACAGUGGACGAUGCGUGGGAGACGACGCUCUACGAGCCGUUCUUGGACUGGCAGUCGUCGUAUCCGAGCUUGGAAGCGAGGUACUUGUCGGUAGAGCUUGAGACGAUGGCGAGUGUUUGGGCGAGGGAAGGACGGAGGGAUGGGAAGAGUGUAGUUGGGGAGAUGGUCAAGCGCGGUGAGGGUGUAUGGGAGAAGGCGAGGGAAGCAGGCGAGCGAUGCUCUGCGUUCACCCUCGGUUAUGGUGCCAGGGGGCUUGUCGAAGCUGUCGACAUGUCGCUGAAAAAGGUGUACGACGACCAACGACGUUAUCUCCUCGACCUCGCCAAAUCUCAAGCCGCAGCCCACAGCAAAGACAAGGGCGACGAGCUCGAUUUUGAAGGGGGUCUCGAAGACUGGGCGAGCUUCCAGACGGGUUUGCAUGUGCUGGAAGCCUGUAAGAGGCUGGCGGAAAAGCUGGCACAUGUUGAGGAAGAGUUGGGGAGGACAAUCAGCGAGUAUGGGAGCAAUCUGGGGGCGAAAAGGGAAUCAUGGGGAGCGGAGAAGGUGACUUGGGGUGCGGUAUCGCUGUUGCAGCAAUCGACGCUAAACACGGCCGAGCUUCAUACACUGGUCUCUUCCCCUACCUCGCCGCUGUUCCCACAAAGUCGGGCAUCUCUCAUCACGACCAUCCAGUCCUGUCAAGAAAAUCUCCAAAGCACCAUCCUAUCACCUCUCCUCUCCCAACUAUCAACCUAUCCUACCCUCUCCGUCUGGCAAAAAGAGCCCGCGAAAUCCAAGUCUGGGUUCGACCUUCCAGAAUUCAGUCUUUCGCCGACGGGUGUCAUCUCGAGAGUGUCGGAGGGCUUGUUGGAUCUGCUUAGGGUGUUUGAGGUGUAUGGGAAGGAAGAAGGGGUGGGAUGGAGUUUGGGGACGUUGCCUUUUACUCCGCCGGGCUCGCAUCCUUCUGGUUUGGGAGAAGCGCCCACACUUGAGAUCAUUCAGACGACAUGGCUUUCUUCACUCUCCCUUUCCCUCCUAUCCCACUUCACGUCCACCAUCUUGCCCGGCAUAUCUACUCUAUCAACACCGGGACAAGCGCAACUGAAGGAAGAUCUGGGUUAUCUGGAGAAUGCGGUCCGCGCCCUCGAUGUGGAGUGGGAAGAGCUGGGCAUAUGGGAGAAGGGUGUAGGGUUGGACGAAGCGGGGUGGAGAGGUGCAAUGAAGGAGGUGAGGGAUGGGAAGGAGAAGGAGAAGGAGAAGGAGAAAGAGAGGAGGGAGGCGGGCAAGGCGGAGGAGAUUUUGAGGAGGAUUGGGAGGAUGAGGGGUUGGAGGCUGGUUUGA